AUGGAUUUCAAUGAUGACGCUCCUCCGGAGCUCGUCAAUACUGCAGAGAUUGUUCAGGAGGAACUCAUAGUGAAAGUGCCCAUCACGAUUGUUACUGCAUUGGAUAUUGAAAAGUCCCUUACCGUCAAUAAAGGUGAUGAAACAGUGGAAGAAUGGCUGGAAGUUGGCAACGGCUGUAUCUGCUGUUCAGUCAAGGACACCGGUGUCAACGCGAUUGAGUCUCUCAUGGCGAAAAAGGGCGCCUUCGACUAUAUUUUGCUCGAGACAACGGGCCUGGCUGAUCCCGGAAACCUUGCGCCUCUCUUCUGGGUUGAUGACGGACUCGGGAGCACCAUAUAUCUCGACGGCAUUGUGACGCUUGUCGACGCAAAGAACAUCCUGAAAAGCCUUGAUGAUCCCAAUGGCAAGGUUGAAGGCCAUGAAAAUGACGGCCAUGGCCCUGUCAUGACGACAGCGCAUGUCCAAAUAUCGCAUGCGGAUGUUAUCGUUAUAAACAAGGCCGACUUGGUCACAACACAGGAGCUCCAGAACGUCUGGGACAGGAUCCAAUCUAUAAACGGUUUGGCCAAAAUUCAUGUUACGGAAAAGAGCGCAGUGCCGAACCUGGAGGGAUUUCUGCUGGACUUGCACGCAUACGACCAAUUCAAGGAGCCUGAGCCGAAAACAAACGCGCACAGCCACUUGGAUCCCAACCUAUCUACCAUUACGAUUCCAGUGGACAUACUGAAGGCUGGCCAGCUCGAGCAAGUUGACAAGUGGCUAAGACAAGUUCUCUGGGAAAAUGAACUCCCUGGUAACGAUGAGACUCCAAAAUUCGAGAUUCACCGCUCCAAAGGGCGGCUGCUGUUCGAUAAUGGCGAAGUAAAGAUACUGCAAGGUGUGAGGGAGAUUUUCGAGCUGAUUGAUGCUCCAUUUAGCGAUGAACCCACUCCCACUUCCGGAAAGAUUAUCUUUAUUGGCAGGCACGUGGCUGGGGUAGAUUUCGAGCAGAGCUUCAGGAGUGUCGUUCAUUGA